UCACUUCAAAUGUUCAGGAAACGAUUUUGCGCUUACCGCUGUACUGGUCGUGCUCAACAAUCGCAUUUUGGAGUCUACGUCAUUCAGUGUAACACUUGGCAAAGUUAAUUGGCUCCUUUUUAAGAAAAACAUGCAAAGUUGUCUUCAUGUAUGGAGAUGCAAGCUGCUGCAGCAAUGGCUGCUUUCUGCUGCUGCCAGCUGGCGGCGACACAAGUUUAUGCUAGCGACGUCAGGGCAGCAGCUUGCAUCUCAAUUAAUAAAUACAACUUCGCAUUUUUUUUUCUUAAAUAGCAGGCAAUUAGCAUUGCCAAGUGUUACACUUAACAACACAGACUCCAAAAUUCAAUCCCUCUAUUUGAGCAAGAACAGCGCAAAAUCUUUUUUCGAACAUUUUAAGCAAAAUAUGCACGUUCCUGUACUGUGGGUUCCUUUUGUGCCCGACUAUGAUCACUUUCGGAGAUACUAUCAUUUUCACAAAAUUUCGGGCGACGCGGCCUUGGAUGUGUCGGCGUAUACGACUAACAGCGUUUCUGGCACUGUGUCAAGCUCGCCAUCUGCGCAGAGUGCUCUCGGCGGCAUAUUUAGGCAAGCCCAUGCCGAGUAGCAUAAAAUCUCUUGAAAGUCAUAGCUCGAGAAUACCGCCUUGUUUUCUUGGUAUCUGUGGCCAAAGAAGCGCAUGUAGAAAUUUGCGUGAACGUGGAAACACACUACAUUUUUCUUUUAUAAAUCAGCUGCACAUUACAAUUAGAUGCAUGUUACAUUCAAGUUGACUUUCAUUUUGUUUAAGCCUGCAAAAAUUGAGUGUGUGUUAGAUUCAGGGGUGUGUUAGAGUUUUGCAAAUACGGUAUGUUGAGAUUUUAACGAAAAACAUCCACUUUAAAAUCAUCUCUGAAGUUCACACAGUCAAAUGUUCCUGAUCACUUUCUUAUUCUAACGAGGUUGCUGACACUACAACUCCCAUCAUGCUGAAAUCUUACACAUUACUGUCAUAGUUUUAUGCAAUAUUUUACAACUAGCUGAGUUUACAACUACACAGAAACAUCAACGAGGGAUCUGUUUUGCAGAGCUGUGUAAUGUUGCCUGAUGUCAGUGUUUCAAGAGAAGCACUACAGUUCAGGGUCAUUCAUUUCACCUAGAACAUGCCUGCACUGCCCAACAGCUGUAUGCUGACAGUGAAGUCUGCCAGUCAUGCUACCAACACAGCAUGUGUACAUGACUUUUAUGUAUGUUUAUAAUUAUUGUUACUUGUUACGCAUUUAAGUAAUAAGUAUGUUGCUUUUCGAGCGUUCUGUGUACAUAGAUUUUCUGUGAUAUCACUCCCACACAAAUUGUCAUUUUGCUUUACGCUGAUCAUGCUUUCUGUUGUUUGUUUAUUAUUUUAUUUUUUUACUGCUGUAACCCCCCCCCUCCCCCUUAUGUAAUGCCCCUCAAGGGGCCUUUAAGGGUCUAAUAAAUGAUGAUGAUGAUGACAGGUGUCCUACAAAUUCCAGACAUGCUGUGGCAGUUUAAAAAAAAAAAAGCAGUUCCCCUGGAAUGCAUCAAAAAGAAAUUCCAUCACCUCACAAUCGGUCACGGCAGUGCAUGUCUCCGUGUGGGCACAGGCACGAGGCCUACGUAAAGGCAACUUGUUUUUCACAAAUCUCAGCAGCAUUUCCCCCUUACUUUUGUAGCCCUUGCUGAUAAUCAAAGUUUGCAGUUAGCUGUGUCAUAUGUUACAGGAACAACACCACAGCAAUGGUAGGCUAUGCUUCGAAACUUCUUUGUGUCCUUGGGAGUUUCAAUGCCUCCUAUCUCGCCUUGCAAUGCCAAGAACUGCAACUACAGAAAUGUACAAAUGUGCCAAAUCAUGGCUGCAAAAAGAACAGGAUAUUCCGCCAGCCACGUCAUUCGCCAAGCCCUGCAAAAAGGGAACGCUGACUAAACUGGUCGGCCGCCGAUGGAUAUUCUUACCUGUGUGGAAAGAGCGCUAUUGUGUGCUAGACGGCAACAAGCUGUACUACUACGACAGCGAGACGAGCAAGGGCACAAACUCCCACUGUGGUGUAAUCAACUUGGACCUUUUUGACCUCUGUGAGGAAUAUGAGAGCAAAUCCGUCCAGAAUGGAUUCGUCAUCACAAACGCCAACCGAGGAUUUUUUGAUGAAUACCACACUUUUGCUGCGGGUACCUUAUCAGAGGUAUGUGACUGGAUAGCGCACAUCCGGACGCAGUUGAAUCAGUCCAUAGUGCAGAAGCGGACAUCCUUUCUGAGGAAGUCACUUGCAAAACGGAAGACCAGGAAAUCCCUUGAAAGCCAGGCAAAUGUUGAGAGCAGUCCUCAGGUUCCAGAUCCAACAUUAGACAUCCCUGGCAAGGAGCCACUCGAAAGCAUCACUAAAAAUCGAGCCAAAGGUCCCGCGGGGAGACGACUGCCGCAGCGGAAGUCGCAGAUGCCCAAAUCUCUUUCUCAAGAAGUAAGCAGUCAGAAGGUCCCGAUUGCUCACAAGCAGGAAGUGGUUACUGAGGAGUCAGAACCAACAGAGGUGGGUACAAAGUCCGAGAUAGAUAAGCCAAGGCCAGCAUCGGCUCUCUUGUACCACUACAGUUCUAGCGAGGAGGACGAGACGGAUAAAACAAGAGAGCCUGAAUCUGCCAGCCAAACUGAAGACACCAUGGAGCCAAGCCAUAAGCAGCCCGACGGAUCAUGCACUGUGAACACACGCACAGAAACAAUGCAGGAUCGACUGAGGAAACUGCGUGAGGAGCUGUCCUGCCACGUGGACGAUGUGACAAUGAAAUCCCUCCUCGAACGACUGAGCUACUGUGAACUCGAACUGCAAGUUGCAGUGCAGACUGUGCAGCAGGUCCUGGAUGAAGCGUCAGCCGUGCUCGCAAAGACCAAGGGGGCCACCAAGCAGCAGCAGCCGCCAGUGCCUGCUUAGUCUUUGCACGUCCUGGUGAUGCCAGAGAGUGCUGCACUUGUCUCCGUCAAGGAGAGGACAUGAACUGCUGCGGAGGAGUGCGCGGCUGGCAACAGAGAAUGUAGUCUGCACAAGCACGGCCGCUGGUUGGGGUGGGGUGGGACAGAGUUGCAUACAAAGAUUAACUAGAGGGAAGCCUGCUGCUGCGUGCAACUUGCACGGUUGUGAUGGAUAGUACAAUAUUUCUGGCUUCACUCUCGUGGCUUCAAAUGUUGAACUCAAAGUGCUGUCAUUUGGCUGUUUUCUGGGUUAUGCGAUAUGCAGCACAAACGAGGCACACUAGAUGACAAAGAAAGGGCAUGCCUUGUUUGUGCGACACAUUUCAUGAUGCAGUACCAAAAAAAAAAAAAAGAGGAAUUUUACAGAACGUAAAAGACAAUGAUGGGCAUCGCGGUCAAAUGCUAUAGCCAGAUUUAGCAGUUGCAGUUCAUUGCAUCAAACACUCACUCGCAUAGUGAACUUAAAUUUUGAAAGAAAUUCCAUCAACUCCUGAAUUUUAACUUUUAAAUAUUGCAAGCGAAUGUGGUGAUACAAGUAGACGAAAGAAAUUGCAUAUCAAAGGGUGAUGAAGAGAGCCACAACGUAUUCUCAGUAAUAUUCACUGGCCGGAUGAGGAAAAAUGUCCACACUACCUGCAAAUUUUCAUGGUACAGUUGAACCUUGUUAUAACAAAGUCACAUCAACAUAAUUCCUUUACUAUAUCCGAUAUUCGCUUAAGCGCAUGUUUGUUACACGCUGAUAUUGGCAAUGGACAUUAAAUUUAGUUUGUUAUAUCUGAUAAUUUGUUCUAUCAAGGUUUGACUGUAUUUGAACAGCAGUGCCAGAUUGCCCUCUAAUAAUCUUUGUACGAGACUAUGUAAGGGGGGAGGGCGCAAGCAUGCAUCAAUGUCUUUAUGUGCUGACCCCGCAUUGUGCCCCUGUGGUGCUGUGCCCACCCAGCGGCCCAUGGCGCACUUUACGCCAUCAUUACUAGUCAAAAGAAAUGUGAGAAGCCCAAAGCAGUGCCUUGAGGCAGGUUUUAGAUUUGACGUUGUGCUGGCCUUAUCGAAUUCAACCUGGUUUGCUGUGGUUUUUAUGUUCCUAGUGUAUGAUGAUGAGCCAUUUUUAUUAGAAUUGCCCUGGCCACACUUUCUUGAAAGGAACUGUAGGUGCUCCAUGCCAAUAGAGGACCAAAGCCCUAGUUUGUGAGCACUGUCCAGCAUACUGAACACUGCUCUGGAAGGGGGCGGUUUGUCUUUGUUAAGAGGGCUACUAAUGAGAAACACCAAGUUAAACUAGAUUGGUAGAUUAAACUUUUGUAAUGAUAGAAAGACCAGUCUUACUACGAGUGAUGACUUGGUAGGCCAGAGCUGAUGUAAAAAAAAAAAAGAACUGUUAGUGACACUGCAUCACUAUUCCCCCACGAACUCCUUCAGGUGUGGAAUUCGACAGUGUUUGCUUCACAAUAAAAGGAGGAUCAAAUCACAUUUGGAAGUACAUAUGGACUGAGCUUGCCAAAAAUAUGUUAAAAUAGUGAAAUCUCUGACGUCGUACCAAUAUUGUUGUCACAGCUUUGGUGAAGGUUCGUUUUUCUCUUAAUGGACUUUUUCUCUGCUAAUAGCGAACAUUUUUCUACAAUAUAAAUGUAAAUAGAGUUUUGAAAGAAGUCCUACCAUAUUGCAGUGAGAUUACCUUACUUUUUUUCUGCUAAUAGUGAACAAUUUUCCACAAAAUAAAUGGAAAUAUAGCUUUUGAUGAAAAUUCUACCAAUCUAAACUGACUUGGUGUCACUCUCUGUGGCAUACCUUUCAGGGGCUAGCUGAUAAUGUAACAUGAUCCAGUAAUGGAGAAAACUAAUGUUAUAGAACACCCUGGAGGGAGUGUGACCUUGAUUGAAAAAAGAAAAAGAAAGUCUUAUUUCUUACGAAUAUUUGCCUCUUAGGCUCAAGAGUGCCUGCAGUGCAUUAUGAAAACUAUAAAGAAGAGCACAUUGUACAUAUAUUGGUAGUUGUCUGUGGUGGUUGGGGAGGGGGUUGACUGUGCAAUCGGAAAGAGAAUGCAUUUUUAUACGAGUGUACAAUGUUUUCUAAUAUUGUGCUGGUUGCUGUUUUUUUUUUUUUUUUUGUCUUCACUGAAUGCACAAAUGCAUGGUCUGUUAUCUAUAUUUAUGCGUACACACAGACAUGUCGGGAAUCGAAAGUUUGUUGCUUAUGUCACUGUUAUCACAAUUGCACACCUCACAUUUCUGGAAAGCAUUAUAGACGCUUCAUUUUCUUCAAGGAAAUUACGCAGUGUGUAGAGUGUAGCUGCCCAAAUUGAUGCUGUGAUUACGCUAUCUCAUACACCACCUGCUGCAAUUUAUUAUGAAGUGUGCAGAACAGAUAAAAAACAAUGGCACUUGUGGCUGGCUAUAACAAGGUGCCGCCAUGUUCCAAUCAAUAGUAGUACCUCACUGCGCUGACCUUUACACAGCAGCCUUUGCUUGCAGUCAGUCACAUUUCUUUUAUAUCUCCCAGUUUUCCCAAGUCUGUUUUUUUACUACGAAAAACUGCAAUUGAGACAGGGCUACUCGGUAUGUUAUACAAUUAGCAUACAUCUUUGCUACUCUCAAUGCGGUACCGACGUCACGUUUUCAGACUUGGUAAUUUGUUUCUUUUUAAUCAAACGAAGGUGUAAAUUCUUUAGACCCAAGAAAGAAUGCUGUCAAGCGUCAGAGUGCCCUAAAUAACUUACUGUAGUACUUGUUUCUAUCAACCAGUUUCGGUACCCAAGAGCUGGGCACGUCACGACAUUGUGAAACACUGGCUCGCUCUGUUCUCGCAAUGGCUGCAACUGCCAUAUGUGAGCGCAGCCAGAAACAGAUGCGUUUCUGAUGUUAGUUAAUUUCUUUAUGAGCAGCGUAAUCAUAGCUAGCGUUAUUGCUAAGCAAUGCUGGCAAAUCUUGCUCUGUAUCAUGAUGUCACAAUAAUGUUCAUGAAGCCAGGUCUGGCAUUUCAAGACCAACUUUAGUAUCAAAUUAAAAUAUCUGAUGUAUUUCUCAACCUUCAUCCUUUUACGUGCAAGGAACGUGUGGUAGAAUUUCUACAACUUCGAAAAUAUGUGUCAGUACUUGUUUAAAGAAACUCUGCUGUCAUUGAUGCGCAUGCACAGAUAAUCUUAAAAGCUGUCGUUAUCUAUUAAGUCUUUUGACCUUGUUGCUGUAUUACAACUACUUCAUGCACUGUGGCACAGCGAGGGAUGUACCACACAUCAGCAAAAAGGAGAUGAGGGCUUCACGCAAGGUCCUCACUUCGACGCACAAGCCCAAAGUAGACAGGAUCGGUGCUAAGUGUAGAAAAGUCCUCUAUUUGCUGAAACUGCUAUCGCCUAGUUUCAAUCCGUCGCAUUCACAGAGCAAGACUAGAUGUCAGACUGGAGCAGAAGGCUGCAAAUGGAUGAUCAGAUCGCAUCACACAAUAUAAAAGAGAGGUGCCAGUCACUGAAGCGCUGAUGGGUUGCAUUUGAAAAUUGCAUGGAACUGCCUUGCGACAAGUUCCCUUUGGACUUCUCAGCUACUGCAUGAACAUUUCUGUCACCAACUUGUCGCCCUGGAAAGCACAGUUCUGCAACCUUAUUCUGUGAUCAUGCUAUGGAGUGUUAACCACAAGCCUCCUCAUGCAAGAUUCCCUAGGCCCAAAGUGAACUAUGCUUUAUUUAAGCUUGACUCGAAAUUAUCACGCUUAAUCAUGCAGCAACCUAUCAAACAUGGACACCUGUUUUCUAGAACACUACGGUGCCAACUGCAAUCUUUCAACUGGCAUGUAAGUUGUAAGGUACAGUUCACACUAUUUACACCAAUCACAAAACAACGCACGUUGUCUAUCUGUUACAAGGCACCCUCGAAUGUGACGAGCAAAACAUGAGGUGCAGUGUUAAGAAAAUGAUGCUGCAUCAUCUCAGUUAAUUUAUGUGCAAACUUGUGUGUUGUUGAAUCAAGUGCAUAUUUAUCACGAUUUUGACGAUUGUUAUUGUGUUGUUUUGUCACUAUGGGUGCAUGCACCCACCACCCAACUUAAUUAGUCUGGGCAAUACAUCUUCUGCCUAGUAAUACUGGACAGCUCCUCUGUGUGUCCCUGAAUGACUUAGCACUGGCAGAUGGAAUCACAUUAACAACAAUUUGGGUUCCAUUUUUGUUCAGCAUCUCAGGCAGUGUGCACACAGACAUGAGGACUUUAUCCAGUAUUACUUGACACGAAUAAGAUGAGCAUGUUGAACAACGAGCUUCGAUUUAGCUUGUUUCCAGAUGGAGAAAUGAGUUUCAUUCCUGGGAGCUCCUCUGAACAAUCAUGUGCCUUCGGAGUCUUCCCUCCCCAAACAACCCAAAUGCACGUGUCAGUUCUAAGUUUUAUUUAUAAAUAAAGGCAUCUGCCAAACGCUAUUUAUUGUACACAAA